CCGUAUUUUGAAGUUGGCGUCUGUUUGGCGCCAUACCUUCGAGACACUGUUAAUGACGAUGAACUUCCUCCAAUUGCAAGACAUUCAACUUCGUUUGGAAUAUCUUUGGAAUAAAUGAUUGCAAACUUCGAAUUAAGAGAUAAUUCUCGUGCGAUGCAGAAAUAGUUACAGAAUCUGGAACAAUCCUCUAUGAUUUGAUAUCAGAAUUUCAUCGGUAUCACGACAACGAUAAACGUUCGAUGCGUGUGCUAAGCGUGUACACUUCUCUCAAGGAUGCAGGACACAAAGGAUAUGGAUUCAAUAAGAGAAUGACAAUGUAUUUAUUAGGAUUAUCAGGACUUGCAAUGCAUAUUCGAUAGAAACGAUAAUACAAUGAGCAAAUUAUUUUAUUUUAAAUUGUCCUGAUUUUUUGAUGGCCCGGUUUUCAGGUAUAUCAAAUUUUACAGAAAUGAUUUUUUUUAUUAUUAGAAAAAUGCAAGAGAAAAAGAAAAUAUCAAUAGAAAACAGGUCGUUGCAUAGAGGUCGCUACAAGUUCAUCGAAUUAUCUCGAGGUGAAUGAACUAUUACGUUCCCCGAGAUGGACCAAUAAUUGAUGUCUUUUUUAUCCAAUUAACUAGAGACUUAACUGGACACAAACAUUAUACUAGGUUAAAUAUUAUGAAUCUGGAGGGGGAUCUGGAAAGUGGAGCCAAGUUUCAGCCGUCCCUGGAAACCAGAUGGGGUCUGAAAGCGUGCUCGCCUUCGAGGAACAUAUCCAUACAGUAUUAGUGUCCGCGGGAACGAGUAACCUGUCGUAUCUUUUUAUCUUUCUAUCGUGGAAUAUCACCAAAGGCUCGUAAUUUUGCGGAUUUUUCCAUCAUCGCGAGUACGAGAGUAGUUAUCCAACGGUGGACGUUGAAGAAUCCUCGAAAAGGAGACGUCUCGAGGGAAACGAGACAAAUAUCGAGUAUUUUGCAAAACUAAACGAUAACUAAAACUGGAUAGACAAGUAUGAAGAUCGCCACGACCUUGUUCCUCUUCGUAGUUGUCGGAUGCACGUGGCGGGAGACACUAGGGACGUGCGUGUUUCAGUCGGACUUUGGUUUCGUGCUUAACUGCGCCUUCAAAAAAUCCGGCCUAUUUCGAGUACGAAAUCUUGGAGGUGUCAAAGGCUACGUCGGCCUGGGAUUUUCGGUGGGUGACGAGCUGGGCUUUGGUCAAUCCCUGUCCAAUGUAGAGGCUUUGAAAAGAAGAAGUGUACAGACCAGUAGAAUUGGUUCAUCGUCCUAUACUAAUUUGGCGAACAAUCGAGAUGAUCAGAGACAGCACACUCAAAACACUCGACAAGUGGUGCCUCCUUUCAAACCUUUGCCACCUGGAGCAGCAAGGCCGAUAGCUCAGCAACCAGAACGGCAAAAGUUGGUGGUACAACAAAAUUCCACAGUUCUUAGAACCAUACCAGCACCUUCCUUAUCAGCAACGCAGCAAGAUUUGUUGAGGCAACAGCAAUUGAUGCAAGAAGCCAAACAGAAGCAGCAAUUGAAACUACAACAAGAAGCUUUCGCGUUACAAGUGUUGAAGCAACAGAGGUUACAACAACAGGAAGCCAUGAGACAGCAGCAAUUGCAGAAACUUCAACAACAAAAACAAAUGGUGGCUCAACAACACAAAAGGCAUCAACAAGUCGUUCCAAUGCAAGUGAUAAGGGAUCAGGCAUCACCACAGAUGCUCGCGGUUGCAGCUGCAGUUCCAGGAAAAUUGCCAAACAUCGUUGCUGCCAUACCACCAGCUGGAAGCAUCGUAGAGCCAGAAACUUCUAAAUCAACGAAUGAUGGCUUACCACCCUUUAUCUCGAUGCCACAAUCGUCUGCGCAAUUGACUGAUCGAAUAAGCAACAACCCAGCUAUUUUAGAAGAUUCUGAUAAUGAAGUAUCGAAAGACGACUUCAGUCAGCUUCCUCUGCCCGGAGAUGAAGUCGCCUCCUCGGUCAACGAGAUGACUUUACUUUCUCUUCACCCAAUGCCGCUCCAAUCAGCUGAAUUCAAUAAAUCGCAACAGCAAACCGACAAACGACAAACGAUGCCAUCCUCAUCAUCGUUGCCAUCGUCACUUCCGUCUUUAGCGCCUAUUCAGGGAAUGGAGACGUCGUUGAAAGCUCUCGCGGAAGCUAGUAACAUCACCUUGGAAGCUCUGGAAGCAGCUAUUCUCCUCAGACAGCAACAACUUAUGCGAAAACAGCAAGGACCAACCAGCACUACGACUACAACUACAACCAUGUCUCCACACAAAAAUAAAUAUAAUUCUGGAGCCACUAAAGUAAUGAAUGCACCACGUGAGUAUUAUCCAAUGGGAUACGAUAAGAACUUCGACGAUAAUUUCGCAAGUCGAGUGGAUCUUCCAGACACGAGCUUUUAUUGCGGUGAUCAAAAACAUUUUCCAGGACUUUAUGCGGAUGAGGAUCUUGGGUGCAUGGUGUUUCAUGUCUGUGCACUGACAGACGAUGGUCUGAUUAUGAAGAGUUUUCUCUGUCCUGAAUCUACCCUAUUCGAUCAAACGAUUCUAAAGUGUAACUGGUGGUUCUAUGUAGAUUGCAAAGCCUCGAGAAGCUUGUACGACAGUAAUAUUCCAAUUAGCAAAAGUUAUCAACUUAUGAAAGCCUUAGCAUUCUUUUCAGCGUACAAAAAUCACGAUAAUAGUACAAUUUCUGCUCAAGAAAAUUUAGAAAACUCAGAAUAGUUCCUGGACUUGUUAAAGGAACUAAAUCCUUGUAUUUAGUUUAUUAUUGUAGUUCUCGUAUAAUUUUUUAAUCGGUUCUACGAUUGCCAAUUCAUUUUCUUUUGAUCCAUUAAGCUUUGGAAUUUGUUAAAAUCAGCUUCUCUAUUUAUUUUAAUAUAGAGUUUAUAAGUUUUUUUGCUCAAUUUCUGUCAUUUUUAUAAAAAUUUUAAAUUAGUAAAUAAUUUUCAGAUUAAUGUUUGAUUUAUCUCAAUGGUUUAUCUUAAUGGAUUAAAAGGAAUUUUCCUGUUGAUGCGUAAAAUAAAGAAUGUACAGUAUUGCCUUGCUAAUUAACUGGAAUUUUGCUUUGCUGAGAAAUUGAAUAGUUAAUGAUCUUAUAUUAUUAUAUUCAUAUUUGUGCAUAUUUCACACAGAGAAAGCAAAAUAAACCAUUUCCUAUGAAUUAUUCAAAUGAUAUCCUAAUCAUUUGUCACUUAGCUGCCACUGAGCAAGGCAUUUCUGUACUUUAAAAUUAUUACUUUUAAAUUAUUCGUUUUGAUAUGACAAUUUUUUUCUACGAUCACUGCCGUCAUAAUUCGAAACGAUAAAUGUGUACAUAUAAUUUAUUAUAUUAUAAUAUGUGAUAGGCAUAGUGAAUAAUUUUUAAUUAGUAGUGUUAUUAGCGUUGUAAAUAGUAUCGUGUUGAUACUUUCGUUGAUAUGGCUUGUUUAAUGAUGAUUCCAUUUUGUUGAUAUGGCUGUUUUCUAUAUAGUUGAAAUAAAAAAAGAAAGAAAGAAAGAAAGAAGAAAGGAACAUAGAAAGCAUAAACUUUAUUAUAGCGAAUAAUAACUAUGGAAAAUAAUACAAAUUAAAUGCCAAUGUUACGUUAAUUUA